AUGGCUCUCCUAAGACCGUCUUCCAGUACCUGCUAUAAGCUCCGGCUUCCCGAAUUACCGGCAGGCGAACAGAUACUAAAGUACAACGACGAUUCUACCAGGGAUGACAAGAAGAAUAACAUUCAGGAUACAAUCGCAAAGCGGAGACUGCUGUUGGAGUGCAGGACCGGGGCCGCGGUGGAUUUGUCACGAUCAGAGAUAUUUGUCCACGGCGGACUCAUCAUCCCGCUAAAUUUGAACACUAUCGAUUCUGCCACAAUCCAAAAGGAGAUCAUACUAUACUUUGCAAAACAGAAGAACAGUGUCAUUGCAUUCAAAAACUUGUCCGAUUGGAUAAGUCGCGAGAUAUUCUUCUUGGAUCUCAUAUCGAGGAAAUGGAACAGAUUGCCCACAUCUUUCAAAAACCCAGACGUGCCGAUGCGAGAGAGAUUGUUCCACACAAUAUCUUAUUCUCACUCAGCGAUGUACGUCUUUGGAGGCCUUAUUGUAUCGACGAACGGCUAUGAACUGAUAGCCACGAACGAACUGUGGAAACUGGACCUGACAAAUAGGGUUUGGUCCCUACUAAGUGAGGACCCUCAGAUAACAAGGAGAUUCAACCACACCACACAAGUGCUGAACACAUAUUCAGAGGCACAUGAUACCAAGCUACUUAUUAUCGGUGGGCUAAAUAACAUGGAUCAGUCAAUCGCACACAUAGACGUAUUCAAUAUCACCAAAGGUUACUGGGAAACCGCAAACUUGGAUUCGAAAAAUGGGGUUUUGACAAAUGUCGGCGGUGAACCAGUUUGUCUGACUAAUGAUAAGAACGCACCCUUGCUAAUCGAACACGCCGAAUUGGAGGCCUCCACGUUGACUUUCUACCUUUCACAAAAUAAUAACAUACCUGCAACGAAAUAUGACACGAUACUUCGGAACGCUGCCGCUCAAACAAAUAAACAACCAAAUAAAGUGUUCCUCCCGAAAGAAGACGUGGAGAAUGAAAAGGAAAAUAUAAUGUCACCGGUUAUUGCACUACCACUCUUACCGAAGUCCAAAGGUAUGAGAAUGAUCUCGACACAAAGUAGCCAGUUUUUAAAGAUCCCGCUAAAUUUGAAAUCGCCCUCUGCGGUAUUCUUCAAGAAGGGGAUAAUUGUCGCGGGCUUCCAUAAAGUAAAUGACGCAAAUGACCUCCAUUGUUACAUUUUUGACCUUUCUACAGCGGAUUGGACUAAAUUAAGCAUAGAUUGCCCCGAUAGUGACCUAAACCGACAUAGAUUUUGGAAACUUUUUGGCUGGACUUCACAUCAUAGAGCCGUACUACUGGGUACAGAGCAUGACGACUUACACUCUUCUACAGUACAAAAAUUUGACUACUUACUUUCGUUCAGAUUGGCCAUCAUGAAUAUCCUGAGUAAAACCUCCAUGGAGGAGACAACGGCAAAACUGUCACAUUUCAGGGGCUCGAUUGGAUCAGUAGCGUCUGCCCCAGUGGAGGAAGAGAUCAAAUCUCCAUCGCAGUUCGAAAACUACAUCAAAUAUAUAACGUCACCAUUGGAGAUUGAGUCCACAAGUUCUGUUUUCCCACCUUACGCGAUGGUCCUGGGGAAAGAUGCCUUGGGAAUUUUUGGAAAGUCCAUUUCCGAUUUUGAGCUAAUCACAUCUGAGGGAGAUUCUGUUACAGUUCCCCUCUACCUUUUGAGAGAGAGAUGGGGUAGAUACUUCAAUUUUCUGCUCGCCAAUGGAUACACAAGAGCCUGUAAUGACUACGAGGACUAUGGAUUGGACUCUGGGUUGAUCAAUUUGUAUCCAGACAAUCCAAGGACUGCAACAGGAAAUAGCACUCUUUCGAGAACGGAUCCUAUAGAGGAGGAGACCGAUUUUGGCAAACUACACCUAUCCAAAAACAGAACUUCCGCUAGAAGAGCGUCUAAUUUAAGUGCUGCAGAAAGUCACGAAUCAUCUCCGUCGCCACCUGCGUACAUCCUGUCACCACAGUUCGAACCUAGUAAGUCUUUUGAUCUUUCGAAAGAAUACAUGGGUAUACAGGGAACCCAACGAGAUAACGACAGAGCUGUGUCUCCAUCACAGCAACCUUCUACGAAAAAACAUAAUCCGCCAAAUCCACCAGUUUUUAGAGUCCCAUUUAAAGAUAGCAACGAUACCAACUCGUCUGAAAUCGUCAUAAAUUCAACGGACGGACAGGAAUGGAGUGAAGGAAGAAGGAGAGCGUCUGAUGCCACUGAACACGGAAGUAAUCGAGGCUCUGUAUGUAUUCGUCGCGCGUCCCACCCAUUAGCGUCACCAACUUUGGCAUUAAAACAUACGGGAGGCCCCAAGCACAUAGAACCGGCUAACGCACCGCAUUUGGAUAGGCGUGGAACGCCUUUAAGGGAGUUCACAAGCAGCAACAACUCAAGAAGAAGCUCCGCCGCUUCUCAAAAUAGUGGCAUUUCGUUUGUGAGUUCGUCUUCCGACAGGAGAGGCGUCAACCUCCAUUGUAAGAGCAAUCCUCACAGCCGUAGAUCAAGCAGCUCAGCUCGCAGCUUGCAUAAUCCCUUUGAAUUUAGUGUCCUUAACAUUAUGGUACCACCCCAAUCCCAUCCUCCGCAAUCCUCUCUACCACCAACUCCUAAUCACUCGAUGUCAAACUUACAGCUACAUAGGGGGUCGAUUUCAGGUUCUAGAAAGGGUUCCAUAGAUCGAUACUUGUCGGAAAAACGGUCAUCUUUUUCAAGACGCAGAUCUUCACAAGGCUUAAGAGCCACUCCGUUCAGCUCUAAAUCUGGGUCCCGGUCUUCAAGCCUUCCGGAGGUUCUCUCCUAUGAUAAAGCGAUCUCUGAACUAUCGAAUGGCCACUCGUCUCGCAAGUCUUCUCAUUCCUCUCGUUCCGGUAGUGUCGGAAGCGCCACUCAUGCACAAUUAGAGCUAGAACCACUGCUAACCCCCAGGUCACUAUAUAUGCCAUGGCCAACUGCAACUGUGAAGGCCUUUGCGGAGUUCUUUUACACAGGCCAAGUGAAUGGUAAAUGGCUGUUGUCUCCUGUUGUAUCAGAUCUACUAAUCAUGGCUCAGCUGUAUGAGAUCCCCCUAUUAUACGACAUGAUUGCAGAAGUACUGUACUCUAUAAUAGGAAAAAAGGAAGAGUCCCUGAAAACCACCGUCUUUUCAAUGGAAAACGGCUUUUGUGAAGCAGUGAACAAACAUUUUGAUUCAGACGAGGAACGGAUUAGUCGUUUUCUAGAAGAUAAUGAAACGUUCAAAGAAUUAACUGGCUUGAGAGAAUCAUUGAAGAACAUCAACAAUGGGUUUAUGGAUAUCCAUCUAUUGAAAAAGUUUACUCGAAGUCAAUCUUUAGAUAGUACCAAUGAGACGAGCAAUGAUGAUUCCGAAUCGACUGCAAGUAGAUGUUUUCAGCGUGGACAUCAGGAUAGCAUGAACUCGACAACAAGCACCAGAGCUCUACCAAAUGUUCUGUACGCUGGUGGUCCAAGAAACAGUCACAACUCCGUUGGCUCCAUUUUGUAUCCUGCACAAUCUUAUAUCCACUCAGAAAUAGCAACAACCAGUAUAAGACACAAAUCGAUAGCUGGUGGCAUUACCGCCAGAAGAAAAAGAUCAAAUCUCAACAAGGAGAUCGGAAAUAUUAUUAAUGACGAGAAUAAUGUCUCGUCAGAAUUAGAUAUUAUAUCUUCUCCCUCCAAAAUGAACCAGAUCGAAUAUAAUGAGCGCAAUAUCUCGGAAAUUGAAGAGCAAUUGGAACUGUUCAAGUUACAAAAUCUUUCUGGAGUAGAGCCGAAAAAGAAGAGUGAACUUGAAAAACUAGAAAGAACUAGUAAGCUGAAAAGAUACGGGGUUGACAAACCUGUUUUUAAGAAGGUUUAUACAAACAGCUCUCUCUCGGAAAAAGAUAUUGGAGGCUCAACUUCGUCUUCCUCUCAGUCAGACUCUGAUGAACAAGAAUGUAAUCUUGGAGCGUUAUCCGUUAAAAAAAUGAGAAAGGAGAUGGAAAAAGAUGAAGCUCUAGAUGAAUCAAUAGAUCCAUUGUUGAAAGUUGACUCAGAAAACAUACCUGCUAGUCCAAACGUCAGUGAAAUAAGCAACAUUAAUCUUCAUAAACCAAGUCCUAUUCGUACCACUGUUACGGGACCCAACGCCUCUGAGAUGCCGAACAGACUAGACAGUUUUAUGGAGGGCAGCAACACACCGAUUACCGGUACUGUAUCUGGUAAGCCAACAAUUGAAAGUAUGGUGUCUCCAACCGCUACACCACCAAUCGAUUAUAUCGUGAAACUAAUCUAUAGAACAUCUGUCCUUGUUAAUGACAGCAGACUGAUGUUGCGGUGCAUGGACUGUAUUGAGUUUUCUAAGUUACUUAAGAAACUGAAGAAGAAUAUGGUACAGAAUAUUAAAACCCUUGAUCUCUCGGAGGAGGAGGAGUCCUCUCCUACUUCAAUGAAAUCUCCGUUGCCAGUAUCGCAUACCCCGAGAUCCUCAACCUCUUUACUGCCCACUUUGUCAAUGUCACCAGCAUCUGUACCGCAUGGUAUAUCGAUGCCCCCCAUGCAAACGUCAAUUGGCAGUUCGCACAGUGUAAGGCCUGCCACGUUGCGCACAAGAGUAUCAGAGACAAAUGUUACUGCCUCUUCAACCCUAGGGACUCUCAAGAGUAAGUUGGUGCCCUCGAUACCUCAACCGAAUGUUCAAAUCGCAUAUUCCCAACCCAUAACGCCAAAUACGCCUAUGCCAUCAAAUAGUAUAAUUCACCAACAAAUCUCUCCAAGAACCUCAGUAUCCCCUAAUACUAUGUGUAGACCAUUUCAAGAGAUGAGCCUAAGCUCCGACACAUCAGCAUUAUCUGCUGGCGGUUCUGCCCCGAAUGAUUCAUUGGAUACAAUUACAAACGACAACACAAAUAUGGCGCAACAAAAAUUACCAUCCCAUACAUCUGUAUUUUCUUCCAAUAUGACUGUUUCUCCCAAAAUGAAAGGCCAAACCGGGUCUCCUCUUUCCAGCAUCAACACUUCGAGCGUGACUAAUGGUACCACGUCAGGUACGUUUUCGUUUUUCAAUAAAAAGAAGUGA